AUCGACGGACGGAGUGUCCGCCGGCGGACUGCAGGAAGAGGCGACGCCAGCCAGCCAGCCAGCCCGCCAGGCCCACUUUCCACUUUGCGGGGCUGGGAGCGCGACUCCGGAUCCGGAGCCCGGCAGGCUGACAAUGAUUUCCUCAGUGAUUACGUACAGAGCGAGUCCCUGCGGGGUAGGGGCCCCCUCUGGAGCCAUCCUGAUGGCUUUGGGGGCCUUGCUUCCAUUUUCCAUUAUUAUGUGGACUACCGGAGCGACAGCGCAGUCCAAGACCUUGCAGAAGACAAUGUGACAGAGGAGCAGCAGCAGCACAGUCCCGGGCACGCCGCCAUUCCGAGCGAUCCAGAGUGCGCCCCCGAGAGGGCGUCGGAGGACGCGGAGAGCGGGCGUCUGAGGAAGAAGAGGCUGCUCUCUCCCGAGGAAGUCGAGGAGGGAGAGGAGGAGGACGAGGAGCCGGCGCCGCACAGCUGCGACAGCUGCCGGCAGGUGUUCGAGUCGCUGAGCGAUCUCACCGAACACAAGAUUAAUCAAUGCCAGCUGACAGACGGCGCGGACAUAGAAGACGACCCGUCCUGUUCUUGGCCGGCGUCAUCUCCUUCCAGUAAGGACCAGACGUCUCCGGGACAUUGCGAGGACUAUGAUUUUGGAGAGGACGAAGGCGGGCCAGGCCUGCCGUACCCGUGCCAAUUCUGCAACAAGUCGUUCAGCCGCCUGAGCUUCCUGAAACGUCACGAGCAGAGCCACGGCGACAAGCUCCCGUUCAGCUGCACCUUCUGCAGCCGUCUGUUCAAGCACAAGCGUAGCCGCGAUCGCCACGUCAAGCUGCACACCGGCGACAAGAAGUACCACUGCGGCGAGUGCGACUCGGCCUUCUCCCGCAGCGACCACCUGAAAAUCCACAUGAAAACUCACGCCUCCAACAAACCGCACAAGUGCCCCGUGUGCCGCCGAGGCUUCCUCUCCUCCAGCUCGCUGCACGGCCACAUGCAAGUGCACGAAAGGGGCAAAGAGGGCCGAGCGGACGACUGGAAGCUGAAAGAGACGCGCAAGUGCGACCGCUGCGAGGAAGGCUUCGACGUCCCCGAAGACCUUCAGAGGCACAUCGCCGAGUGCCACCCCGAGUGCUCGCCGUCGGAGGACGGAGGCCUGGGCGCCACCCUCCAGUGCAUCUACUGCCACGAGCCCUUCGGCGACGAAGGCGCCCUCCUGAGCCACAUCGACCGGGCCCACGGCCGGGACCGCAAGAGCCACUCCUGCGCCGUCUGCUCCGAGCACUUUCUGUCCGUGGAAGACCUCUACGCUCACAUGGACGUCCACCAGCUUCCCGAAUCCAGUAACCAUAGUAACAGCCCUUCUUUGCUGACCGUGGGCUACACUUCCGUCUCCAGCACCACUCCUGACUCCAACCUCUCUGUCGACAGCUCCACCAUGGUGGAGACAGCGCCGCCUGUCCCCAAGACUCGGGGCAGGAGGAAGCGGGCCGCUCACAACGCCUCGGACGCUGGCGGGCGAGCGGCCAAACAGCCAAAGGUUUCUUACACUUGCAUGUACUGCAACAAGCAAGUGUUCUCCAGUUUGGCCGUGCUUCAGAUUCACCUCCGGACCAUGCAUCUGGACAAGCCGGAGCAGGCCCACACCUGCCAGUUUUGCCUGGAGGUCCUGCCCUCCUUGUUAAAUCUGAACGAACAUCUGAAGCAGGUCCACAACGCCGAGGGCCACGCGGCCCUGCUGGUCGGCUUGUCCGACUCGCUCCUUCAGUGCAACUUCUGCCCCGAGAUACUGAGCGACCUCAACACCCUGCAGGAGCAUAUCCGCUGUUCCCACGGCUUUCCCAGUCCCGUGGCCAAGGAGAGCAACGCCUUCUUCUGCCCACAGUGCUUCAUGGGUUUCUUGACAGAGACCACCUUGGAAGAGCACGUCCGUCAGACUCACUGCGACGGCGGCAGCCUGCGUUUCGACUCUCCUUUGGCCGUCACCCCCAAGGAGCCCAUCGUGGAGGUCUACUCCUGCUCGUACUGCACCAACUCGCCCAUCUUCAACAGUGUUCUGAAGCUCAACAAGCACAUCAAGGAGAAUCACAAGAACAUUCCCCUUGCUCUCAACUACAUCAAUAAUGGCAAGAAGACGUUGCACGCUCUCAGCCCCUCCUCUCCAAUCACCGUAGAACAAGCGUCCAUGCUCAAGCAAGGCGGAUCCUCCGCGCGCUCGUCCGGAGAGUUCAUCUGUAACCAGUGCGGGGCCAAGUAUACCAACUUGGAUCUUUUCCAGACCCACCUGAAGACUCACCUUGAUGGCCUGCAGCCACAACUCACCUGCCCGCAGUGCAACAAAGAGUUCCCGAACCAAGAAUCCCUGUUGAAGCACGUCACCGUUCACUUCACCAUCACCUCCACCUAUUACAUCUGCGAGAGUUGCGACAAGCAGUUCACGUCGGUGGAUGACCUGCAGAAGCACCUGCUGGACAUGCACACCUUUGUGUUCUUCCGUUGCACUCUGUGUCAGGAGGUGUUUGACUCCAAGGUGUCCACUCAACUCCACUUAGCCGUGAAGCACAGCAACGAGAGGAAGGUAUACCGCUGCACCUCCUGCAACUGGGACUUCAGGCACGAGACCGACCUGCAGUUGCACGUCAAACACAGCCACCUGGAAAACCAAGGCCGCGGCCACCGCUGCAUCUUCUGCGGGGAGUCGUUCGGGACGGAGGUGGAGCUGCAGUGUCACAUCACCACACAUAGCAAGAAGUACAACUGCCGCUUCUGCAGCAAGGCCUUCCACGCCAUCGUGCUGCUGGAGAAGCAUUUGCGGGAGAAGCAUUGCGUGUUUGAGGGCAAGGCGCAGAACUGCGGCGCCAAUGGCUCCGCCGCCGUCGGCGGGCCGGACGGCCACCCGAAAGAUGAGGCCGAGCUGCACGGUCUCCUGGCCAAUAGCCACGGCACGGGGACCACGGGAGGACCCACGCUGGAGUCCCACAACAGCCACGAUGGGAGCGAGGAAGAGGUGGAGACUGCGGAGCCCAUGUACAGUUGUGACAUCUGCGGCGCCUCCUACACCAUGGAGUCGCUUCUCACCAACCACCAGCUGAGGGACCACAACAUUCGCCCCGGCGAGAGCGCCAUGAUGAAAAGGAAAGCCGAUAUGAUCAAGGGCAACCACAAAUGCAACGUCUGCUCUCGCACGUUCUUCUCCGAGCCCGGUCUGAGGGAACAUAUGCAGACCCACCUCGGGCCCGUCAAGCACUACAUGUGCCCCAUCUGCGGGGAGCGUUUCCCCUCUUUGCUCACCCUGACCGAACACAAGGUCACCCACAGCAAAAGUCUCGACACGGGCAGCUGCCGCAUCUGUAAGAUGCCUCUCCAUAGCGAGGAAGAUUUCCUGGAGCACUGUCAGAUGCACCCGGACCUGAGGAAUUCCUUGACGGGUUUCCGAUGCGUGGUAUGCAUGCAGACGGUUACGUCCACAUUGGAGCUCAAGAUCCACGGGACCUUCCACAUGCAAAAAACGGGGACCAUGUCGGCAAACCAAUCCAUGGUGCGCGCCAGUGCCCUCGCUCACAACCAGCACCUACAUCACGUCCAAAAACCCUUCAAGUGUGCCUCCUGCCUGAAAGAUUUUCGUUCUAAGCAGGACCUAGUCAAGCUGGACAUCAACGGCCUGCCUUACGGACUUUGCGCGUCGUGCGUGGCCAACGCCGAGUCCAAGAGCUCCAGUCCGACCAUGAACGGAGGCAGGCAACAGCAGCAACAGGGGGGCGCCGCCACUCCGGCGCCAAACACCGCCCAAUGGAUCCAGGGAGAGAGACUCAGCCCAGGCGAGGGCAAAGGCAAAGCCGUCUCCUCGUCGUCCUCGUCCUCUUCGACGUCCUCAACGGCUGCCGCAAAGACGCGGUGCUCCAGCUGCAACGUCAAGUUUGAGUCCGAGGUGGAAUUGCAUAACCACGUCCAGGCGGUGCACGCAGGGGACAGUGGCGGACAGCUCAAGACACCGCAGAUGUCCCCAAUGCCCAGAUCCAGUCCGUCGCAAACUGAAGAGAAGAAGACGUACCAGUGCAUCAAAUGUCAGAUGGUAUUCUACAGUGAAUGGGACAUCCAAGUUCAUGUGGCCAACCAUAUGCUCGGCCGAGUGCCAGCCCGGAUUGCUGGCUGGCUGUGGCAAGGUCAACGGCGGAGGAAAAACCAGUUACUGUGUUACUCUGGAGCGGAAUGGAGAGAGGGGCGGCCAUCUGUCAGCUCGGGCCUGCCAUACCCGCAGAGCAAAUGGACACGGGCGACCAGAGGAGAGGCCACAGACACCCAUAGAGCCAAACCCAAGGAGGGCUUGAACCACGAAUGCAAACUCUGCAGUCAGUCGUUCGACUCGCCGGCCAAGCUUCAAUGCCAUCUGAUCGAGCACAGCUUCGAGGGGAUGGGCGGAACCUUCAAGUGUCCUGUCUGCUUCACAGUGUUUGUGCAGGCCAAUAAGCUUCAGCAGCACAUCUUCUCCGCUCACGGCCAAGAGGAUAAGAUCUACGACUGUUCGCAGUGUCCUCAGAAGUUCUUCUUCCAAACGGAAUUACAGAACCACACGUUGACUCAGCACAGCAGCUAACCCGGCCCGGACGAGCACCGCCGACGACCAAACGGGAGACGUGACGCGGAGAAUACAGCCCGAGCGCCAAUUAUGGCCAGUGCAACGUCCCGCUCGCUGUCUCGCUUAAAGGAUUCAGCGGCGUGGCGAGGCGGCCGUGCCGCUGCGAAGAAGGAAAAAAAGAAAACAUAGCACGAAAAUAAAGACGUGAGCGGGAGGGGGGAGGUCACAAAAUGACAUUGCCCAUUGUUUACUUUCAAAAUGUGCUUGUACAUAGCCCUCUUUCAUGUGUUGCUUCACUUCAGCUAUAUUGCAAUCUUAUACAGUAUUCGCCAAUGUACAGUUUAACAUGUUUGUCUGUAAAAACAACGAAAAAAAAUGUCAAUCAGCUUCAGUCGGUUUUAAAAAGAAGAAAAGAAGCUUCGGCCGCUCCGCAUUCCGCCUCAAUCAAGAGGAUGAGGAGAGGACGGUAUCGUCUUCAGAAGCAAAGCGGGACAUUAUGCUGACAUAUGCAAAUGUGGCCACUCGCAUUUGUGGAAGGUGAGGUCCCCGUGGUCCUGGUGGGCUGCUGAACAGAGGCGUGAAAGAAAUUCCCACGUGGCUCCGAGAGCAAGGGGAUGGGAAGUCUCCAGCCCGCUGAUUCAACCUGUACAUUUCUACUCUUGAUGUUUACUGCUCAUUGAAGCCUGGAGAUGACUGGAUUUGUUUUUUUUUUAUGUUUUGUUAUCUCUACGUUUUUGCUCGACAAGGGCGCAAGAAUCAAUUGGAAUUCUAUGGUUUGACAAGAAAUACAGUUUUAUUACCGUAUUAGGGAUGUACUCGACUUAGUCCCUGGCUCUCCUGGAGAGUGGCCGACAUCAUUGCUCCCUUUUCGUCUUCUUUGCAGUGUUCCGUUGCCCUCCGCUCCAGCCGGAAGCCGCCGUGGCAACACACUUUAAAAACAACAACAUUCGGUUGUGUAAAUGUUUUGCAUUCAUUGAACCUGAGAUGCACUUUUGUAUGAAACUUUAAUGUUUUGACAUUUUGACUUGAGAAUCGUUCGUACGCCGUUUACAGGAUAUGUCCGGCUAAAACUCCCCGCGGCAAGAGGACACUUAUUGCCAAUGUUACUCAAAAGUAUUGUACAAAUAUGGAGCUCUGUAUUUCAGCAGAGCUAUUUUUUUGUGUUGCACAUGUGAUGGAAAUAUUAAAAAGUAUGAGGAAAA